CGGUCCCAACCACCAUCUGGUGUCCAGAAUUCGGUGCCUAGCAACGAGGAACUGUCAGAACAUCUCUUUCCUUUUCACGGUACAGCACUUCCGGCGUAGAAGAAGACGCUCACGCUGUCGAACAUCAUUGAGCUACAUACCGCCAUCAAUGUGGGCUCCACAUACUUCAGCACUGGUCUGUCAACAUUUAAAGAGCAAGCAUGAGUAGCCUGGAUCAAGACCAGCGUCUCCAUCCUAGUUGCCGUGACAAAACAACAGUCUCCAGUGAUUCAUCAGACGCUCAUACCCCUGCCAAGAAGCCUCUCCAAGGUCUAAAAUUGGCGUCACAUGCGGUGCUGGAGGAAGCGCAGCAGAAGGGCAGGUUGAAAUGCUCUAAAUGUGGAGGAUCAAGGAUGUUCUUCUGCUACACAUGCUGCUCAUUAGUGGGUGUCACCCCACAAGAAAUCCCCUCAAUCGAGCUUCCCGUGAAGAUAGACAUCAUCAAGCAUCCCAACGAGACGGAUGGAAAAAGCACCGCAAUCCAUGCCAAGAUCCUCGCCCCCGGUGAUGUCACCAUAUACACCUACCCCUGCAUACCUGACUAUGACAAGGACAGGGUGGUGUUGGUGUUCCCGGGUCCAGAGGCUGUCUCAGUUCCAGACAUGAUGCAGUGUUUAUAUGACCAAACUGACAGCAAGUCACAUUACACCUCUGACAUGCCCUGCAUUAAGAGGCUGAAAAGAGAGGAAGUUCAAGGUGCCACACACGCUUCAGACAACUCAAAAUCAGGGAUCCCAGAUGAAGCGAAGGGCCCAGAGUCAAGGGUGUCUCCCCUCCAGAGGGUGGUCUUCAUUGACAGCACAUGGAACCAGACCAACAAGAUCAGCACAGACGAGAGACUGCAAGAUCUACUGCGGGUAGAGCUGAACGCCAGGAAAACUUGUUUCUGGCGCCGUCAGAAAGGCAAACCAGACACCUACUUAGCCACCAUCGAGGCUAUUUAUUAUUUCCUCAAGGACUUCCAUGAGCACUGCCUUGCUGAAGAAUACAAUGGAGAAUACGAUAACCUCCUCUUCUUCUACUCCUACCUGCACUCAGUUGUAAAUAAAGCCAAGAUUUCUGCUGGAAAAUGCUGAGAGAAAAAACUGGCGUCAGCUAAAAGAAGCUGUUAUGAACUGUAGCUGAAUGCAAGCACGUCUGUGCCCAGUUUUAUUUUGUAUUGCUGUGUGAUGUUCUAUUUUGUAAGGGAUAUUGAGACAUUUAUUUGUAUAAGAAUAUGCAAUAAAACACAAAGGGUUUAAAAUUGCUAAACAUG